ACGCCAUCCUAAUGUCAGAGACUUUAACUGUAACACACAGGCUUUUACACACAGGAUCUGACCACAGAUCAGACCCAGAGAGACUGGGGCUGGGUACACUAGGCUGUCUUCCUGCUCCUGGCUCAGAGUAUUUACCCGUAUUUCACCAGAGCCAAAGGACUGUUCAAUCCCGUGUAGAUGGUGAUGCGUUAUACACUGGCGUUGAUGAUCUGUCUUGGUCUUAAGCUACAGAGAUGGACCCUGGCAACAUGCCCUUGGGUUUAGAGACACAGACUGAUCUGUCUAGAGGUGACUGGAACCGGUACAGUAGUAGUGUAUACUCUGAAGGGUGCGUAGAUAAGAAAGAGGAGGGUCUGGUCGUAGAUGUAGUGACUGUGAAAGUGGAGGGCGACAUUCCUUCCACAUGGAAUACAGAUAGUCACCUAGAAGACGGACUCUCACAGGACAUUGAUUUCAUGGAAAGCUUAGAGACAAAUCCCAAUGUCGAGACCCACUCCCCUUUACAUGCGUUCAGGGAUCGCGACCCAGUGUCCAUGCCGAUGGGGCAUUUCGAUUCACACGGCCGCGUCCUUUUCGAUCAGGUAUUGAACUCAAAUGACAGGGCUAGAGCCCAGGUUCAGGGAGGGGGAGCCACAUCGGGCGAUAGUAAAAAAAAAAAAGGUUCCUCUGCAUAUUUUGUAACAAAGGCUUCAGCUGCCUCCAGAAGGUGCUUCCACCAGUGGUUCCACACAGCGGUGAAACUAUUCAGCUGUACACAGUGUCACAUGCACUUUGCCCAGUCUGGCAACCUGAAGAGGCACCAGAGGGUCCACACAAGGGAGAAAUCCUACAGUGGCCCCCAGUGUGAGAAGAGGUUCUCCAACCAGCACCAUCUGAAGAUGCACCUGAAGGUCCACAAGGGAGAGAGGCCGUUCGCCUGUACACACUGCGUCAAGAGGUUCCCAGAAUGGAGCUACCUCAGGAUACACCAGCAGAAAAAACCAUUCCACUCAGUAGUUUCUGAUGUUUAGAUCAAACCAUUAAAGACAAAUAAACAUUUUCCUUGUUGUCAGCAGAAAAAAUCCACAGAUGCAUUUGGAAUAACGAGAGUAACAGAUUUCAGUGUUGAAUAUUCCUGGGUAGAAUAUUGCAUCCAGACAUUGUGUGAUAUAUAAGGCAUCUAUAAGCCUAAAAAGUCUGUUACAUAUUGUAUUUGUACUAUUUAGGCUAUAUGAUGUUCUCAAAUGCAUAUUUCAUUACUUCCAUUCAACUACUUAAUUUUAUCCCCAAGACACUUUUUUAAUGACAAAAUGAAUGCAGUUUAUCAAGUUCA